UCUGAGACUGAACAACAGGUGCAUGCUUUGGUCAGCUGUGCAGCAGGAGAUGGGUCAAAGGAGAUCUCAACAACGUCUGAUUCUCAGCUGACAUGUCAUGACAACACUCAACAGGUUUGUUCUGAGACUGAACAACAGGUGCAUGAUUUGGUCAGCUGUGCAGCAGGAGAUGGGUCAAAAGAGGUUUAUUCUGAGACUGAACAACAGGUGCAUGAUUUGGUCAGCUGUGCAGCAGGAAAUGGGUCAAAGGAGGUUUUUUCUGAGACUGAACAACAGGUGCAUGCUUUGGUCAGCUGUGCAGCAGGAGAUGGGUCAAAGGAGAUCUCAACAACGUCUGAUUCUCAGCUGACAUGUCAUGACAACACUCAACAGAACUGUAAACAUGUCAUAAUUUCCUCAGUAGUAUCAAGCUUGAAUAAAUGUGAUUGCUGUAGUGGUCCUUAUUCCGCUUUUAAGUGGGCUGGUGUGAGAUGUAAGGUUUGUUCCCGCUUCUGGCAUAAAACUUGCUAUGAUAAAAAUGUGAAGCCCAAACCUGACCCCUUAACAUCCGAUUCUGAAGUAGAAUUUUCCAGUGAGAACAUGUCGGAUGAGGACUAUGUACCUAAUUCUGUCUCAGAAAGUUCAGACACAAGCAAAGCUUCUCCAGAAAAACUCUUAAACAUUAAAAAUACUGACGUGUUCGGCAUCAAAUCUACUGCAGAAAUUCAAAAUGGUAGACCAUGCCAAGACAGUGUCAUAGGUAAAGAUUCACUCCCAAAAGUUCCAGUCUGCACAGCACAGCUUGAAAUGCCUAGUAAGAAAGGCAAACAAGUACAAAUAUCGAAAGUUCACAGCGAUGUAAGCGUUGGCAAUACUGAAAACACUGUUGAGGAUCUCACAGGCACAGGGGAUGAUCCAUCUUUACACUCUUCAAAUAUAUCUUCCUCAGUAAGCAAAAAGAAUUACUGCUACAUUUGUGGAAAACCACAGUCAAAAUUUACACGCCACUUAAAAAUCCAUGAGAAUUCCAACGUCGAUGUUGCUCGGGCUUUGGCUCUACCAAAACAUUCCAAAGAGCGUCUAAAACUUCUGAACAAACUGCGGAACAAAGGGAACUAUGAACACAAUGCAGAUGUUUUAGCGAAUGGGACUGGAUUGUUAAAAAUCAAACGUAAGCCAAAGAAAAGAUAUGAAUCAAAAGAUUAUGUGCAUUGUAUGUAUUGCCAUGCAAUGUUUCUCCGAAAGGAUCUUUGGAGACACGUUCGAAAUUGUCUUUCCAAACCAGUGGAAGAUCAGGCAGUGCCAGGAAGAAGUAGGGUAUUGUCUUUGGCAACAAUGUCUAAUGCAGCCCUCUGCCAACAAAUAUCACAAGGUGUUUGGAAACUGCUAACUAUGAUGAAAGACGAUGACAUCUCUGCUGCUGUGCGGAGUGACUUUUGCAUUCUUCAGCUGGCCCAGUCAUUUUACAAUAAACAUGGGCAGGAUCCCACUAAAUAUGACUAUAUUCGACAGAAGCUCCGGGAAAUUGGAAGACUUCUGCUGAUUCUGAGAAAGGAAUUUUCUGUACAGACUCUUGAAGAUGCUGUAAGACCUGCAAAUUUCAAUGUUGUUAUCCAGGCUGUCAAGAAGGUAUCUGGGUUUGAUGAUGGAAAACACUCAUUCCAGACUCCAAGCCUUGCCCUUAAGUUGGGCCACUCACUGAAUAAGAUAUGUGACAUUGUACAUUGCAGAGCUCUAAUGGCAGAAGAUGGUAAGGGGAUAAAGUCAACCCAAGCAUUCAAAAAGCUGUAUGAUGCAAAGUGGUCUGAACUCGUUUCCCACACAGCUUUGACCACCUUGAAUGAGGGGCGCUUUAACAAGCCAUCUACCCUCCCUUUCACAGAGGAUGUACAAUGUCUUCACCAGCAUCUUGAAAAGGUUGUUGAUUUAGCCUCUGAGAACUUGAAACAGAUGCCAUCAGCACAAGUCUAUGGCGACCUAUGCAAAGCAACCCUUGCAAAAAUAAUACUGUUCAACCGGCGACGUGGAGGAGAGGUUGCAAAAAUGCAACUCAAAGGUUUUCUAGAGAGGGACACAGCUCCCCUACAUAAAGAUGUUGCUGUUGGGCUAACAAAGUUUGAACAAAAACUUUGUACACAUUUCAGUCGGGUGGAAAUUAGGGGUAAAAGGGGGCGAAAAGUGGCAGUUUUGCUGUCACCAGACAUGGUUGAUGCCUUAACACUCCUCAUAAGCAGAAGAAGGGAGUGUGACGUCCCUGAGGAAAACCAAUUCCUGUUUGCUCGACCAAGCUGUUUGAGUUGUUAUAGAGGACAAGACUGUCUGAGGAUCUAUGCACACGAGUGUGGUGCACAAAACCCGGAACUCCUCCGGUCGACCCAACUGCGCAAACAUGUGGCAACUUUGUCGCAGGUGCUUAACCUGAAAAACCACGAGUUGGACCAAGUUGCGGACUUUUUGGGCCACGAUAUUCGUGUGCACAGAGAAUACUAUCGACUUCCAGAGGCUACAACCCAGCUGGCCAAGAUUUCAAAGUUACUCCUCGCUGUGGAGAAAGAUUCUCUUUCAAAUCUCCAGGGCAAAACCCUAGAAGAAAUUGAAAUUGAAGACAAGUUAGACUUUUCUGAUUCGGAACAUAGUGAAGACAGUGAUGCUGAGGAGGCACAUCCACAGACACAAACAGAAACAGAUACAGACCCUGCCUUAGGAGGCCCAUCUAAAGAUCAUUGCAUGAAGGACAAAUAUCACAGCAGGAGGGAAGAGCACGAACAACCUGGAAUGAAGAAAGCUAGGCAGCCUGUUGUGAACCCACCAGGCACCUCAGAUGAUAUUGAGACUUCCUUUGGAGGCUCAUCUCAAGGGAAUCACGAAAAUUCUGCUGAAAAAGAUCUGGACGAUGCUAAAAGGAAGCAGAAACGAGCCUGGUCUUCAACUGAAAUUUCAGCAGUACAGAGGCACUUCCGCGACCACAUAGCAGGGGGUAAACUCGCCACUAAAAUUGAAUGCCAGCAGUGCAAGAAUGCUGAGCAUCCAGCUUUGGCUACUCGCACACUCCAAAACAUUAGGGAUUUUGUCAGGAAUCGAGGCUUAACCCUAAAAAAGAAACCUUCUCAUUAGGUGUUUUUGUUUUUUUACUUUUUGUUUAUAUGCAAGCGGAAUAUUCUUCUGCUGUUGAAGUUUGUUGAUGGAUAUGCUAUUAGCAAUGUUUAGUUUAACUGUUAUGUUUUAGGAACAGUUAAAUUAUUUAAGAUCCCCUCUUUACACUUGCAUUAAGAGCGUUUGUUUUUUCGUUACACACAGUACACAGGAUGUUUCUUGAUACACAAAAUGGUCUUGUGAUGUAAAAUAUUAAGGGCAACUACUGUAAUGUUGUUAAAAUUAAACUUUGCUCGUUGUUCACAGACCGUGCAUACUGUUAUAUGUCCACCGCUGGUUUGAAUGUUGAUUCUUUGCUUAAAAUAUGAUCACCCACUCUGGGUUUGUCUGCAAACAACCGGCUAGACUUGCAUUGUGGAUAGAUCGAUAGAUAGACAGACAGACUAUCCCUUAUGUCACUCCCAAAUAGUACACCCUUGAAUACACACUAUUAAA